AUCCGGAAAAAAGAAAAACAAACAAAAAACUUCUCUUUCCUAAUCUUGUGAUUCUCGUCUCACUUUUCAUUUUCUGCUUCAAUCAUGGUUGUAUUAGAGUUUAUGUAUGAAGAUAAAGACGAAGAAGAAUAUAGGGAGGAAGCUGCUCUCAUGUACCUCCUAAAUUUUAUGUACAGCAACACCUUAUCAGUUACCACAGCAACAGGUUUGUUGGAUGUGCUCAUGGCUGCUGAUAAGUUUGAGGUUGAAUCGUGCAUGAGGUAUUGCAGUCGGCUUCUGCAUAACAUGCCCAUGACACCAGAUUCCGCAUUGCUUUAUCUAGAGCUUCCUUCCAGUGUUUUAAUGGUUGAGGCAGUCCAGCCAUUGACGGAUGCAGCUAAGCAAUACCUUGCAGCACGAUACAAAGACGUUACCAAGUUCUCGGAGGAGGUGCUGAACUUACCCUUGGCUGGGCUUGAGGCAGUGUUGUCCAGCGAUGAUCUCCAGGUUGCAUCCGAAGAUGCUGUUUAUGAUUUUGUUUUGAAGUGGGCAAAAAUGCAUUACCCAAAGAUAGAAGACAGGCGUGAGGUUCUUGGUUCGCGUCUUGGUCGCCUGAUUCGUUUCCCUUACAUGACCUGCCGCAAACUCAAGAAGGUUCUCACUUGCAAUGACUUUGACCAUGAUCUCACAUCCAAGGUUGUCCUCGAGGCUCUCUUUUUUAAGGCAGAAGCUCCACAUAGACAACGAACCCUAGCCGCCGAGGAAUCUGCAGUCACAAAUCGUCGUUUUGUUGAACGAGCAUACAAAUACAGGCCUGUGAAAGUGGUGGAAUUCGAGCUUCCACGUCAGCAAUGUGUGGUUUAUUUAGAUCUUAAGCGUGAAAAGUGUGUAAACCUGUUCCCAUCUGGGCGAGUCUACUCACAAGCAUUCCAUCUCGGUGGACAAGGUUUCUUUCUUUCAGCUCACUGCAACAUGAACCAACAGAGCUCAUUCCACUGUUUUGGCCUCUUUCUAGGAAUGCAAGAGAAGGGAUUAGUCAGUUUUGCCGUGGACUAUGAAUUUGCAGCUAGAUCAAAACCAUCAGAAGAGUACGUCAGCAAGUACAAAGGAAAUUAUACCUUCACAGGUGGGAAGGCAGUUGGAUAUAGAAACCUGUUUGCAAUCCCAUGGACGAACUUCACGGCAGAUGACAGUCUUUACUUCAUCAACGGAAUCCUGCAUCUAAGAGCUGAACUGACAAUAAAACACUGAAUCUCUGGAGCACUCCCUCUUCUCCAAUUUUUUUGUCGUUUCUCAGUCUCCUCUAAUGUCGUAAGCAUUAGCUAGAUGAUCAACUAGAUUUGAUAUGUGUAUGUUUUUCUUUCCUGGUGCAGGCAUCUAAUAGCUUAACUUGUAGUCCAGGAACGAAAAGAACUGUAAAAAUGAAUGAAAUGAUUGUUUCUGGUUUUUUCUCUGAUAUAUGAAGAGAAAACUUGCGACUGA